AUGGCGAAGAAGACUAUCGUCUCGCAGCAGGUCGUCGCCAAUGUCGACGUCGCGCAGGCCGAGGCGCCGCGCUUCGAGAAGGUCUACUGGACCAAGGAGCCCCAUCUCCGCAAGCUCUACUUCUCGACAAUCUUCCUCAUGGUCGCCUCGGCCACCACGGGCUACGACGGCAUGCUCGUCAACACGUCCCAGCAGAUGAAGCGGUGGAAGGACUUCUUCGGCGACGGCGUCUCGGACAAUAACAAGCUCGGCAUCCUCAUCAACAUGUUCAACAUCGGUUCCAUCAUAUCCUUCUUCAUCACCCCCUACGUCGCCGAUACGUACGGCCGCAAGGUGGCCAUCGUCAGCGGCUGCUUGUUCAUGAUCGUCGGCGGUGCCAUCACCGCCUUCUGCAACGGCUGGGGAAUGUACGUCGGCGGUCGAUUCAUCCUUGGUUUCGGCAACUCGCUGGCACAGAUGGCGUCGCCCCUCCUUUUGACCGAGAUCUGCCACCCUCAACACCGUGGCCCUGUCACUGCUAUCUACAAUUGCUUGUGGAAUUUGGGCGCGCUCGUCGUCGCCUCCAUUGGAUGGGGAACCUCGUAUAUAAACAACGACUGGUGCUGGCGUUCAAUUACCUUCAUUCAAAUCGUGCCGUCCGUCAUCCAGCUGAUCGGCAUCUGGUGGGUCCCGGAAUCGCCGCGCUUCCUCAUCAACAAGGACCGCUCCGAGGAGGCGCUCGCGGUCCUGGCCAAGCACCACGCCGGCGGCGAUUUUAACAAUGCCACAGUCCAAUUCGAAUACCGCGAGAUGAAGGAAACAAUCACAAUGGAGAGAGAUGCGGAAAAAACGACCAGUUACGCCGACUUCUUCCGCACCAAGGGUAACCGGUGGCGCCUCGCCAUCAUCAUCUCCCUCGGUGUCAUCUCGCAAUACUCAGGCAAUGCGUUAUUCAGCAAUUACAUGGACGCUAUAUACGAGGGCGCCGGUAUUACUGAACAAAAUCAGAAACUCGCCAUCUCGACUGGCAAGUCGAUACUCGAUUUGUCGUGCUCCAUCGGGGCCGCGCUGACCGUGGACUAUUUCGGCCGCCGCCCGCUCUUUCUCGUUGCAAUCAGCGGUAUGGUCGGCUCCUUCGUCUGCUGGACAAUCACUGGCGCUGUGUUCGAAAACUCAGGCGCCACGAACCAGGGUUCUGGCUAUGCCCAGCUGGUCUUCAUCUGGAUCUUUGGCAUCUUCUACGACAUUGGCUUCUCCGGCUUGCUCGUCGCCUACGCCCUCGAAGUUCUUCCAUUUCACUUGCGUGCGAAAGGAAUGAUGAUUAUGAACAUCACUGUUCAAGCCAUCCUGGCCAUCGGAAACCAAACAAACAAGGUCGCGUGGGACAACCUCCCGAACCACUGGAACUUCAUGCUGUUCUACACUCUCUGGGACUUUUGCGAGCUCGUCUUCGUUUACUUCUUUUACGUCGAGACCAAGGGCCCGACGCUCGAGGAGAUCUCCAAGAUCUUUGACGGCGACGCCGCCAUUGGCCAGGUCGACCCUGCCCAGAUAGAGAAGGAGAUUCACGCCGACCACCACGAGGACGACAUCAACACGCGUGCCGCGCGCAGCGAGAAGACGGCCGCCUGA